AUGAAUUUUCACCCAGUUUAUACUUAAACUCGGAAAUAAAUUAACUGUGUUCUGUAUUAAUAAAUUAUUACUAAUAUCUUAGAUAUGAACUUUGUUAUCCUGUUGUUGAUUUAAUACUUGAGCUGCCCUGAGGAAAGGAGAUGGAAUCUUAAUAUUAUUAUAGUUAAAAUCGAUUACUUUAUAAGGAGUUAUACCAUCAAUUUCAAAUACCUUUAGAUUUGGAUUAUGGUCAAAAUUUAAUCCCUUAACAAGUAAUCUUUUAGUUGGAAGCGCGGGAUUGUUUGAUAAUCAUCGAAAUCAUUUACAUAGUGCAGUUGAAGAAUCAUCUUUAAAUUUCAAUCUAAUAUAUUAUGAUUGCAUAGAUUAUUCUUUUGAGAAAACCUCUAAAACAAUAGAUGUAAAACCAUAAGAAUACGAAAAUAUUUGGUAAGAUUGUUAAAUUUUACAAUCAUCUUUGUAAGAAAGAUUUGAAUUAAUUUUUAUACACCAAUAGAAAUCUAUGAGAGAAAACUUGAAAAUCAAACAACCUUCGAAGUAUCAAAGUUUAAAGUUAAUUUUUGUGGUGGCAUGA